CUUUCAUUCAUAUCCUCUCUUACAUUCUCUCCAGUCCUUGUAAUCGAGAACAUUGCUACAAUCUCUUUUUAAGUAAGUUUUUAAUAAAUAAAGUUUCAAUCAUAUUUUCUUGUUUCAUUUUCUCGUUUUAGUAUUAUGCUUUAUGUUUAAGUGGCUGGUCUAACCGUCCAUAUUUCUGUUUUAUUAUUUUAAGUUAUAUUUCAACCUGUUUCAUAUAUGUCUUAAUUUACUUUUUAUUAUAAAUGUUUAAUUAUGCUUUCUCCAAGAUCGUUGUCUGAUGGUAUCAUAUUAAUAUGCUUUCUCCAAAUUGAAGUAAAAUUGAAAUAUAUAUAUAUAUAUAUAGAUUAAUAUAAACACUUAUUAAAUAAGACUUCUUACUCAUGUGGUUUAUAACUAUUUAUAUCUUACUAUAACAAAAAAUUUAAACCAUUGAUAACAUAAAUUUGUUUGAGAUUUUUAACAGUUUAGUAAUUUAUACUCGUUUUAAAAAAUUCAAAAUACAACAUAUACGAAAAAAUCUAAUUUUUGAUUAUAUGGUUAAUGCAAUUUUGUAAUUUAUUUUAAUAACAAAGAUUUAAACGAAAAAUGAUUGAGUGUAUACAAAUUGUUAACAAAUCUUUGUUAUUAGAAAUAAUUAAUUGCACAUAUAUAUUUUAAUAACAUUAAGUAAUUUUGUAGCUUUUAUUUAAGAAAAGAAUGAAAAAUAACUUUUAAUACUAAUAAAUGAUUUUAUGAUGAGUUUAAUGAAAACUAUAGUUUAUAUUUAGAUGAAUCAACAUACUUUUCUAAGGACUUUCGAAAAUCAUUCUCACGAUGACACGUAUCAUGUUUCUAAUGCUUUUCUUUUAAUACACGGGGAUAUAUAUAUAUCUACUAAAAAAAAGAGAAUAAGAUCAAAGCUGUGGAAUUAAUAAAAUCAACCCACUAGUUUUUAGAUAUUUGCCACGUCAACUCUCAUCUAUGCAACUUACCGGACUCGCAGCUAAAGGUUUCAUGACAGGUGAAAGAUAAGUUACAAUAUUCGGUUGUGCCCUUUGUCUCUCCUUAGACCAGAGGUUUCAGACGAACACUGAACAGAAUCUUGAACCGAACCGAGAUUACAAACCACAAAUAAAAUUCCACUCAGUAAUAAACUGAAAAUUAACCGAACCGAGAUUACUGUCGAUUGGAUUCGAUAGUAUUCGGUUCAACAUUAAAAUAUAUAAACCGGUUUCCGGUUCUCAAAUUGCCGGUUAAAAUCCCGAAACAGAGACGAAGGUAGAAAAAAAAAUCGCAAAACGAUGCAGAGAUGGCUUGCGACGACGGCGAAGAGAUUGCUCCACCGUUGUAAUAAUCUUCCACAAAAAGCCAAACCCAGAACUCAUCUUCCUUCUUCAAGCUUCUACCAUCGCUGGGCACGAGCUUCCUCUACCGCAAUCAAGAGAAACCCAAACGACGCAAUCGAAUUAUUCGACAAAAUGGUUAACUCUCGCCCUUACCCAUCAAUCAUCUCCUUCACUAAGCUCUUAACCUCCCUCGUAAAGCUAAAGCGAUACGACGUCGUUAUCUCUCUGAGCAAAAAGAUGGAAACUUUAGGGAUUCGAAACGAUCUCUACACGUUCAAUGUCCUGAUCAACUGUUUCUGCAGCUGUUAUCAAGUCUCUCUCGCUCUGUCCCUUCUUGGGAAGAUGCUGAAGCUCGGGUUUGAGCCGGAUAAGGUCACCCUUGGGUCUCUUGUUAACGGGUUCUGUCUGAAGAACAGAGUCUCUGAAGCUGUGUCCUUUGUUAAAAAGAUGGUUGAGUUUGGGUAUGGAGUUGACAUUGUUGCUUACAACACGAUUAUUGAUAGUAUGUGUAAGAGUAAACGAGCUGAUGAAGCUUUGAGUUUCUUUAAUGGGCUUGAAAGGGAAGGUGUUAGUGUUAGGCCUAAUGUUGUUACCUAUACUUCUCUGGUGAAGGGUCUUUGUAAUGUGGGGAGAUGGAGUGACGCGGCUCGGUUGUUGAGUGAUAUGAUCAAGAGGGAGAUCAGUCCUAAUGUGGUUACUUAUAGUGCGUUGGUUGAUGCGUUUGUGAAGAAUGGGAAGGUUUUGGAGGCUAAAGAGUUGUACGAGGAGAUGAUAAGGAUGUCUAUAGAGCCUGAUAUUGUCACUUACAGUUCGUUGAUCAACGGGCUUUGUAUGCAGGAUCGUGUGGAUGAGGCUAGUGAGAUGUUUGGUUUGAUGGUGAGGAGAGGUUGUUUCCCUGAUGUGGUGAGUUAUAAUACUCUCAUUAAUGGGUUUUGUAAGGCGAAGAGGGUUGAGGAUGGGAUGAGACUCUUCCGGGAGAUGUCUCAGAGAGGUUUGGUGAGCAGUACAGUCACUUACAACACUCUUAUACAAGGCUUUUUUGAAGCGGGGGAUGUUGAUAUGGCUCAGGAGGUUUUUAGUCAGAUGGAUUCUCCUGAUAUAUGGACUUAUAACAUAAUGUUAGGUGGGCUUUGUGACAACGGGGAGGUGGAGAAAGCGUUGGUGAUGUUUGAGGAUUUGCAAAAGAGUGAGAUGGAACUAGACAUUGUCACAUAUACUACAAUUAUCCAUGGGAUGUGCAAGGCUGGUAAGGUUGAAGAAGCUUGGGGUUUGUUUUGUAGCCUCAGCGUCGAAGGAGUGAAGCCUGAUGUUGUAGCGUACAGUACAAUGUUGUCAGGUUUGUGUAGCAAAGGCCUGCAUUGUGAAAUAGACGCAUUGUAUUUGAAAAUGCAAGGAGACGGGCUUGUGUUGAAUGGUCGCAAGCUAUGUCUUAGAGAUGGUGACAUAACUGUAUCAGCCGAGGUUAUCAAAGAGUUGUUGACACGUGCAACAUCUGAGGGGUGUGAAAAAGCUGUUUCUCUCUUGUAAUUGUUUACAGUGGUUAGGAUUUGGUCUUGCAAAUUCAUCUACUUUCAGCGGUGAUGGAAUCACUGGCACGCUUCCAUCAACUCCCAAUUAGAGAAUAUGUAUAUGAAGGGUUUUGCUAUCUAUGGCGCUGAUAAGCUUUGUUAAAGCAGUCUCCUUCUGAUCUUCGCACUUGAGGUGAAAUUUCUGUCUUACUUUAUAACAUCUGUGCUUAUUUAUUAGUCACACCUUUUGGGAACUAAUAAUGGUAACUAGUAACUACAAAGAUUUUCUAGUUUUGAAGUAUAAGUAUUACUUGGCUUUUCUCUAAACCAAUGGAAAGGUUACUGUAGAUGAACAGAACACACAUAAACAGUCUUUUGUUGUUUCUUACUGGUCUCUUUCUCACACAGUUUGAGUUGUAAAACCGGUUAGGCUACGCAGUGCAGGUACUCAGGAACAGAGCUUCUGAUUCACGGCCAAUGAGACUCCGCUUGCGAGCUGAACUCUUUUUGGCAUUAUUCGCAGUGAGAGAAGAGAGCAUACACAGUGAAGAGCGAAGCAACCCUUUUGAAGAAGGAAUCUUAGGAGUUAUGCGGGAUGUAUGUAAAACAGACGUAUUUGGGUAACCGACACGAAGAAGAAUGAGCAUCACUACGUUCCUCAAGAUGUCUCUCUAUGUGCAUUAAUUAGAAGGCCAUGAAGUCCUAAAAAUCCUGAGGACAAGUCACAGUGUAUUCUCGAUUAAAAAAAACCCUUAUCGUUUGUUCUUUGCUAAUAAUAAUUGACGUUCACUUGUAUUAUUUCGUUUGAAUGGUGCAUGCCGCAUUAUCUAAAAUAUAUAUUACAAUUAAUAAUUUUAAAAUUUAAGUCUGGGCAUUUUACUCGGACCCUAGGACCCGACCCAGAACCAAUCUGAAAAUACAGGUUCGGAUCCGGAACCGGAACCAAAAAAUUUACUCUAUUGGGUCUACUGAUGGAAGACCCGCGAGUAACAGAUUCGGAUCCAGAACCGACUCGGGAUCCGAUCAGGUAUUUUUGGAACCGAAAAUAUUAGAGUUAAUGAGUCUUGAAACUCGAUGCACCUACUCUUUAGUCCUUUACACUUUCCCAGUUUCCCUUGUAUAUCGUUUCCAUUUCCCCCAAAAUAACAAUUGAGAAAAGAAAAUUAGGAUUUACUAUCCAUAAAUACGAAAAUCAAACUGGAAUAAGAGAAUCCAAAAUUUCUUUUCCAUCAGAAACGUCCAGAAAUCGAUCCCGGGUUUGACUUGAUGUGUAAUUACGUAUAAUUACAUGUUUAUUGUUCUAGUUUUCACUGUAGGUUUUCAGAUUGUUUCUCAACUGUAGGUUUUCAGAUUGUUUUUAUUGUCAUGGAUAUUGUAUUAUGUUCGAGUAAAAUUAAAGGUUUUAUGUUUGGGUAUUACAGGUUCAUGGGUAUAAUUAAGAGUGACUUUUCAUUAGAAGUUUAAUUAAAAUGAGAGCGAUUUGUAUAGUCGUAUAGAGUUAUUCAUUAGAUAGAUGAUGAUGUUAAAUUAUUUAAAAACAUUAAGUUGAGUGCGGAAUUUUGAAAUCCGCUAGAUAAAUGGUGCUUGAACAAAUAUAUGCGUUUUUUUACCAAAUGCAUAGUUUUGAAAAACGCAAAUACUCUUUUCUUGGUUUUCUUAAAACGCAUUCGAAAACAACGCAUAUAAAAUACGCUAUUCUUUGCCUUCUCUCUAGCCCUUCUUCUCUGCCUUCUCUCUAACUUCCCCAAACAGAUCUUGCCGUUUCUCCGACUCCUGCUCCCUCAGAGCCGGAGUCGGGUUUAUUUUUUUGUUGAUCAUCAGUGGUUCUGAUGCAUGCAUUAACUAGUCUACCCUGUUCUUGAUUUCAUUAUAUCCAGAUCUGCUUUUGUCCUAAUUCUAGUGAUCGAUUGAAACACUUGCAUGUUGAUUUCAAGCCUCUUUAGUUCACCUCUGGUCUUCGAUCUUCUUCCUUCUCGAGCUCUCGAGAGUGGCUGAAUCUGGUGGUGUUCUGUUUCGCUCCUUGUCAUCAACCAUAAGGUCAGAUCGAGAUCUUCCAUUUCGUCUCGCUUCCUUUAGGCGUUUCAAGUCGUUCUCCGACAUCGCCGUCUCCGGUUGAAAGCUCAAGAACAAUAAAGUGGUUCUGGCUAGCUGGUGAUUUGAAGCUUUGGUCUCUAAUUGCAUGUGCUAUUCACUAUAGGAGGAUUCACAAAUCGAAAGAUUGGCCAAGUUUGCUAUAAUCGAUUUGUCUUAGUUCAAAGAUGUCUCGUUGGUGUCUCUUGCUUGUUUGUUUCUUGAGAUUCUGGAAUUAAAUCGAUUUGUAUUUAGGUUUGUACUAGUUAUGGAUGUUGUUUCUUAUUAUGUUUGUCUCUUGUUUCAUGUAUCUCCCACUUGUGGGCUUUCGUUUCUGGGGA